GUGAGAUAAGAGUCAGCGCUGCAGAGAAGAGGGUGCUGUCCAAGGCGGAAGAGCGCCGUUCUGUACGACUCUGUGAUGGGGGGAAUGGGUAUUUUCCGUCCACACGUGGCGACUGAAUCAUUGAAAUGUGGCCGAUAUAACUGAAAAGUUGAAAUUUUAAUUGCUUAAACUUAAUUCAAAUCUAAAUAGUCACAUGUGGUAAGUGGCAACUGUGCCGGAUGCAUCACAGCCCUAGGUCAGUGAGGCGCUAGCGACUUAGCACAGAUUUUGAAGCAGCCACAGCAGUAACGUGAUGUGUGACAGGUGGGCGCAGUGGGCAGACCAGUGGGGUCUGGGAUGAGGGCCCGGCAGGGGUGGUGCUCUGAUGUAGUCUGUGUGUGAGCAGCAGGAGGAAGCCAGCAGGCCUUUGGACGACAGGCGGGCGGGUCCCGGAGCUGGGAAGGUGGUCCUGGCUUCAGGGGUCAGCAGGACUGGUAGCUGGAGAUGGCACUGAACUCUUAGAUGGUGGCCUACACUCGGGGGUACGUGGUGUAGGGCUCACUCCGAACAUGGCUGCACCCAGUGUGGCUCAUGACGGAAAGGUAUGGCAGCUCUGCCCCCACCCUUGACCGCCUCCCUUUGGACACCUCGGGUUGAUGUUCCCAGGGUCGAAGCGUUUGGUUUGGCUCAGCACCCUGCACCUGCUGUCUGUGAGGCCCUGUGCUGAGUGCUGGGACGUGGUGGGGCCAUCACACGAGCUCAGACCCCUUCACCCUCCCUGUGUAGGAAGCUGGGGGCCCGUGCUUUCCUCCGGGGUUUGUGUGUGUGCACAUGCAUCUGGCCUCCCAGCCUAGCUGCCUCCCCAGGACGGAGGUCAGUGUGGGAGAAGGCUGGCUUUGAACAGACAGGCUUCGCCUCUGGCUCAGCACCCCCAGGACCACCGGCUGCCCAUGAGAGAUGAAGGAUGGCGUCCAAAGGGGCCGGCACGUCCUUCUCCCGCAAGAGCUAUAGGCUGACCUCAGAUGCUGAGAAAUCCGGGGUCACAGGCAUUGUGCACGAGAAGCUGCUCAACGACUACCUGCGCCACGUCUUUUCCUCUCCCGAUGGCGCGUUCCCUGGGGCCACCAGCAGGAAGCCCCUGAACUUCCAGAACCUGCCAGAGCAUCUGGACCAGCUGUUACAUGUGGACGACAAGGAUGAGGAAAGCCACGGACAGGUGGAAGGUCGGCUUGGUCCGCCCACUGUGGUCCUGGACCACACAGCAGGCUUUGAGGGGCUGCUUCUGGUGGAUGAUGACCUCCUGGGGGUGAUUGGACACAGCAACUUUGGCACUAUCCGCUCCACUACAUGCGUGUACAAAGGGAAAUGGGUCUACGAGGUGCUCAUCUCCUCCCAGGGACUCAUGCAGAUCGGCUGGUGCACAGUCAGCUGCCGCUUCAAUCAGGAGGAAGGGGUUGGAGACACACACCACUCCUACGCCUAUGACGGCAACCGGGUGCGCAAGUGGAACGUGACCACAACAAACUAUGGCAAGGCCUGGGCAGCUGGGGACAUAGUGAGCUGCUUGAUCGACCUGGAUGAUGGCACCCUGUCCUUCUGCUUGAAUGGCGUGUCGCUGGGCACUGCCUUUGAGAACUUAUCCAGGGGCCUGGGCAUGGCCUAUUUCCCAGCCAUCAGCCUGUCCUUCAAGGAGUCUGUGGCCUUCAACUUCGGCAGCCGUCCCUUGCGCUACCCAGUUCCGGGCUACCGGCCCCUCCAGGACCCCCCGCGCGCUGACCUGGCGCGAGCACAGAAGCUGCUGGGCUGCUUCCAGGCCGUACUCGGCGUGGAGCUGGAUGCUGUGGAAGGGCGGCUGGUGGAGAAGGAAGGCUCCGAGUGGCGGCUGCAGGGCCAGCCCACCGUCCUCCUCACACUGACCCACAUCUUCCAGCACUUCGCACCGCUUCUGUGCAAGGUGUACCUGGUGGAGGCCGUGCUCAUGACUUUCCUGCUGAGCCUCGUAAAGGCGGGCAGCCCCGUGCGGGCGCAGUCUGCCGUGCGCCAGGUCCUGGACCUCCUGUGGCUCUUCAUGGAGGACUAUGAGGUGCAGGACUGCCUCAAGCAGCUGACAAUGUCCCUGCUGCGGCUGUACCGCUUCUCACCCAUCGUCCCAGACCUGAGCCUGCAGGUGCACUGCCUGCGGCUCACCAUCGCUAUCCUGCGGCACGAGAGGUCCCGCAAGUUCCUGCUCAGCAAUGUCCUCUUCGACGUGCUCCGCUCCGUGGUCUUCUUCUACAUCAAGAGCCCGCUGCGCGUGGAGGAGGCCGGCCUGCAGGAGCUCAUUCCCACCACCUGGUGGCCCCACCGCUCCGGCAGGGAGGGCACAGACGGUGAGGAGGCCGAGGCCCCUGAGGAGCGGCAGCGGCGGCGUGCCUACGAGCGGGGCUGCCAGCGACUGAGGAAGCGCAUCGAAGUGGUGGAAGAGCUGCAGGUCCAGAUCCUGAAGCUGCUGUUGAACAAUAAAGACGUCAAUGGGGGUGAAGCUUCUAGGUACAUCUUCCUGAGUAAGUUCCGGAAGUUUCUACAGGAGAAUGCCAGCAGCCGUGGGAACAUGACCAUGCUCUGCCCCCCUGAGUACAUGGUCUGCUUCUUGCACCGCCUGAUCUCUGCCCUGCGCUACUACUGGGACGAGUACAAGGCUUCGAACCCCCACGCCUCCUUCAGCGAGGAGGCCUACGUCCCGCCGCAGAUCUUCUAUAACGGCAAGGUAGACUACUUCGACUUGCAGCGCCUCGGAGGCCUGCUCUCACACCUUCGGAAGACACUCAAAGAUGACCUCGCCUCCAGGGCCAACAUCCUGAUCGACCCGCUGGAGCUCCAGGCGGCCACCAUGGAUGACCUGGACGAGGCUGAGGAGUCGGCACCGGCUGCGGCCCAGCGCCCCAUGCAGGCCCUAGCCGUGGGGGAUGCGCUGCCCCUGCCCCGGCCUGGCUGGCUCAGUUCUCCAACCCUGGGCCGAGCCAACCGCUUCCUCAGCACAGCAGCUGUGAGCCUCAUGACCCCGCGGCGGCCUCUGAGCACCUCGGAGAGAGUGAAGGUCCGCACGCUGAGCGCGGAGCAGAGGACCCGUGAAGACAUCGAGGGCAGCCGCUGGGAUGAGGGUCUGCUGCUGGGGCGGCCCCCUGAGGAGCCCGAGCAGCCCACCACCGAGAACUCCCUGCUGGAGGUCCUGGACGGCGCUGUCAUGACGUACGGCCUCGGCGUGCACCAGCAGCUGGGCAAGAUGGUGGGUGUGUCUGACGACGUCAGCGAGUAUGCGGUGGCUCUGAGGGACACGGAAGAUAAGCUCCGCCGGUGCCCCACGCGGAGGAAGGACAUCCUUGCGGAGCUGACCAAGAGCCAGAAGGUCUUCUCGGAAAAGCUGGACCACCUGAGCCGCCGUCUGGCCUGGGUGCGCGCCACUGUCUACUCCCAGGCGCUGCCCCUGGACCCUCCUGUGAGCGGCCCAGCAGCCCCUGCACGUCUGCCACAGGAGAAGAUGCGGGACAUCUACUGGCUGCUGCGUGUCUGUGUGCGCACCGUUGAGCACAGUGACCAGACGGGCCCACUCUUUGCCUUCAUGCCUGAGUUCUACCUGAGCGUGGCCAUCAACAGCUACAGCGCUCUCAAGAAUUACUUCGGCCCCGUGCACAGCAUGGAGGAGCUGCCAGGCUACGAAGAGACCCUGACGCGCCUGGCUGCCAUCCUUGCCAAACAUUUUGCCGACACGCGUAUCGUGGGCACUGACAUCCGGGACUCGCUGCUGCAGGCGCUGGCCAGCUACGUGUGUUACCCCUCCUCCCUGCGGGCUGUGGAGCGGGUCCCUGAGCAGCAGCGCAUCGCCAUGGUGAGGAGCCUGCUGGCCCCCUAUGAGCAGCGGCCCUGGGCUCAGACCAACUGGAUCCUGGUGCGGCUCUGGCGGGGCUGUGGCUUCGGGUACCGCUACACGCGGCUGCCACACCUGCUGAGAACCAAGCCCGAGGAUGCGCACCUGCCCAGCCUGCAGAAGCCCUGCCCCUCCACACUCCUGCAGCAGCACAUGGCUGACCUGCUCCGGCAGGGACCUGACGUGGCCCCCAGCUUCCUGAACAGCGUCCUCAACCAGCUGAACUGGGCCUUCUCUGAGUUUGUCGGCAUGAUUCAGGAGAUCCAGCAGGCUGCCGAACGCCUAGAGCGGAACUUCGUGGACAGCCGGCAGCUCAAGGUGUGUGCCACCUGCUUUGACCUGUCAGUCAGCCUGCUGCGUGUCCUGGAGAUGACCAUCACGCUAGUGCCUGAGAUAUUCCUUGACUGGGCCCAGCCCACCUCUGAGAUGCUGCUGCGGCGCCUCGCGCAGGGCCUGCCUUCACAGCUGCUGAACCAGGUGCUGAACCGCGUGACGGCUGAGAGGAACCUGUUUGACCGUGUGGUCACCCUACGGCUGCCAGGCCUAGAGAGUGUGGACCACUACCCUAUUCUGGUGGCGGUGACAGGCAUCCUGGUGCGGCUGCUGGUGCACGGUCCACCCUCCGGGACGGAGCGAGCCACGUCCGUGCUCCUGGCCGAUCCCUGCUUCCAGCUCCGCUCUGUCUGCUAUCUCCUUGGGCAGCCAGAGCCCCCUGCCCCCGGCUCCGCCCUGCCCGCCCCCGACCCGAAGCGCUUCUCCCUGCAGAGCUACACAGAGUACAUCAGCGUGGAGGAGCUGCACCAGGUGGAACAGAUGCUGGCACACCUGAGCUCUGCAUCCGCCCAGGCAGCAGCUGCCUCCCUGCCCACCAGCGAGGAGGAUCUCUGCCCCAUCUGCUAUGCCCACCCCAUCUCGGCUGUGUUCCAACCCUGUGGCCACAAAUCCUGCAAAGCCUGCAUCAGCCAGCACUUAAUGAACAGCAAGGACUGCUUCUUCUGCAAAGCCACCAUCGAGUCCGUGGAGGACUGGGGGAAGGCAGCCCAGGCGGGUGCCAGCUCCUCGGCUGCCUAGGCCUGCCGCGCCUGCCCAGCAGGGGCCUCCUCCCUUGAGCCCAGACUGGGCCCUAUUUAUGAGCACCCCUCGCCCUGUUUCCCACACUGCCGUACCCCCAACCCCCACCGCCAACCUCCUUGCCUGUGCGAACCUCAUUGGCAGGAGCCCAGCCAUGCCUGAGCUUGACUUGCAGUCAGGGCCACAGUGAGCAUUAAAUUAUUAUUCCAUA